AUCCGUGCCCACUAGCUGGAUGGUGGACCACCUUCUUUCAGCCCCUUGAUGUCCAUGUGGUUUGCCUCGUCCGGACAACAUCGUCUAGCUUUCUGGAAUGCUCUCGUGUUAGCUCUCGCCUGUUCUGCGACACCUCCUAGUAUUAGUGCUCAUCCUCGAUCCGAUCUCCCUGCUUGUCUUCUGGCGCCGAGCGUGCAGUCGACGCCCACCUUGUUUGGUGGUUGCAGGCAGACCGCUCACUUCCAUUCAUUCAAGCACAUACAUAGGCAUCUGGAUUUACUGUAUCCGUUAAAUUCUUAGAUUGUCGUGGUCCUGUGUAUCUGUACUGCUCGUGUAUCCACCUUACCACCGUGUUAAUCCCGGUUUGUUCAUGAAAUAAUCGAACUGAGCAAUCGACACGACAAUUGUCGAUGUAGCAUAACACCUUUAUUCCCUGACAAGUAUCUAUAAUUUACCCGAC